AAGAAAAAGCUGAUAAUGGUCCAAGCUUACCGGGAACGAAAGACCCGGCCAUGAAAGGGUGAGACACUCAUCGUGGGAGGGACAUAAGCCCAGGCUUGAUGGCCGAAAAGGGACAGAAGCAUUGAUGGGAAUGGACAGGGUGACCUCCAAGGCCUGGCUGAGACAACUCAUUGGUUCACAGUUGCUUGGCUACUUCCUGGCCUAGAUUAGAAAACAGCUCUUUGAAGGCAGAUACGCUGGAUGCACCCGUGUUGUGGAGUCAGCCCCAUUGGGACGCUUCUGCCUCUCUGCUUCCUGGUUGUGUGAUCUUGCGGGCAAGUUGCUUCAUCUCUGUGUCUGCAGUACUUCUCACCCAUCAUGGAGCAAUAAGACCAGCCCUGUGGUCUUGGCAUCUAGAUAAUGAAGCACAGGAUUGAACUAAAAAGGCCGACACACAGUAGGCUGUUACAGUGAUGGUCUGGGUUAAAAAUCUGGUGUCAUCCUUCCUGGUGGUGGAACCUGGGCAAGUGCUUGAAGGCUUGGGCUUCUGUUUCUUCAUCUUUAAGAUGAAAGUCUAACCACACCCACUUCCCUGGGGUGUGUGUCAAGUCAUGAGGCCUGGCAUGCAACAGGUGCCAGUAAAUGCUGUCCCCUUGACUGCCCCCCUGCCUGCUGGGCAGAAAGUGCUACGUUUGAGAACCCUGGGCAGGGAGACACCAUGCUGAGGCUCCUUGGACCCCUGGACUGGUGUUGGGGACAGCCACAGGGUUGUCUGUGCAACCCUGCAGGGAACCAGGCAGGCCAGACCCAACUGCUCUGUUAGAAGCAGAGCUGGCGGCAGAAAGCAGUGAAGGGAGCUCAAGGGAGUUUGUUUUGCUCGGAAGCAGGGUGUUGCAAAACACUUUAGUGGAAGUGUGGGCAGGAAAAGGCAGGGAAAACUGUCUCCAUCUGACAGAACAGAUUUCAAACAAUAGCUCUGCCAUUACUAGCGGUCUUGGAUGCUUCUGGGCACCUCUCUGAGCCUCGAUUUUCUCAUCUGUUUAGUGGAGAUGAUGAUAAUACCAGACACCUCGUUGGGACAUUGAAAACUUUCCUCCACUCUGCAAGUAUUCACUGAGCACCUACUGUGUGCCGGGGACACUGCAGUGACCAAAGCAAAGGCAUUGCCCCCAUGCAGCUUGCAUCACAGUGAGACCAUAAGAUGCUGUGCUUGGAGGGACUAGCACAUAGUAGGAGCUGUAAAAAUAGGACUUGCUGUUUUGCUAGUGGAGCCAGUCACUUGUGUGAAUUCAUCUUUUGAUAUUUGAGAGUGAUGAUGAUUUAAAGAAAGCAGGUGAUCGUCCGUUGAGGUUUCCUUCUCUAUAUUUCGACUUCAGAACCAGCCCCUGAGUAAAAGAUGCUUAGGAACCACAUAUUGCUGCCUCCAAGCUUCUCAAGUUUUCACUUUUCCACCACUACCAGCAUGGCCUGAUGCUGUUCUGGGGAGAACCAGUUGCAGGCCCUGCUUUCAAGCAGCAGGAGUCCGAUGGGAGAGGCAGACAGGGGUGCAGCCACUGACAGGGCGGCCUUCUGUCUCCCCAGGUCCUGCCCACCUCAGAUCGUGCUUGCAUCCUGACUUUGGACACAAUCCUUCCCAUCCGGAGACUCAGUUUCCUGCAUCUGCAGAGAGCGGGUUUGGGAUGUUUCUCCUAGGAGUCAAGGAAAAUCCAAGAGGAAGAAGGAUCUACGGAUAUCCUGCAUGUCCAAGCCACCCGCACCCAACCCCACACCCCCCCGGAACCUGGACUCCCGGACCUUCAUCACCAUUGGAGACAGAAACUUUGAGGUGGAGGCUGAUGACUUGGUGACCAUCUCGGAACUGGGCCGCGGAGCCUAUGGGGUGGUAGAGAAGGUGCGGCACGCCCAGAGCGGCACCAUCAUGGCCGUGAAGCGGAUCCGGGCCACCGUGAACUCACAGGAGCAGAAGCGGCUGCUCAUGGACCUGGACAUCAACAUGCGCACGGUCGACUGCUUCUACACUGUCACCUUCUACGGGGCACUAUUCAGAGAGGGAGACGUGUGGAUCUGCAUGGAGCUCAUGGACACAUCCCUGGACAAGUUCUACCGGAAAGUGCUGGAUAAAAACAUGACAAUUCCAGAGGACAUCCUUGGGGAGAUUGCUGUGUCUAUCGUGCGGGCCCUGGAGCAUCUGCACAGCAAGCUCUCGGUGAUCCACAGAGAUGUGAAGCCCUCCAAUGUCCUUAUCAACAAGGAGGGCCAUGUGAAGAUGUGUGACUUUGGCAUCAGUGGCUACUUGGUGGACUCUGUGGCCAAGACGAUGGAUGCCGGCUGCAAGCCCUACAUGGCCCCUGAGAGGAUCAACCCGGAGCUGAACCAGAAGGGCUACAAUGUCAAGUCUGACGUCUGGAGCCUGGGCAUCACCAUGAUUGAGAUGGCCAUCCUGCGGUUCCCUUACGAGUCCUGGGGGACCCCAUUCCAGCAGCUGAAGCAGGUGGUGGAGGAGCCGUCCCCCCAGCUCCCAGCCGACCGUUUCUCCCCCGAGUUUGUGGACUUCACUGCUCAGUGCCUGAGGAAGAACCCUGCAGAGCGUAUGAGCUACCUGGAGCUGAUGGAGCACCCCUUCUUCACCUUGCACAAAACCAAGAAGACGGACAUUGCUGCCUUCGUGAAGGAGAUCCUGGGAGAAGACUCAUAGGGGCUGAGCCUCGGACCCCACUCCGGCCCUCCAGAGCCCCACAGCCCCAUCUGCGGGGGCAGUGCUCACCCACAUCAUAAGCUACUGCCAUCCUGGCCCAGGGCAUCUGGGAGGAACUGAGGGCGCUGCUCCCACCUGGCUCUGUGGCGAGCCAUUUGUCCCAAGUGCCAAAGAAGCAGACCGUCGGGGCUCCCAGCCAGGCCCUUGUCGGCCCCACCAGUGCCUCUCCCUGCUGCUCCAAGGACCCGUCUCCAGCUGCUGAGAUCCUGGACUGAGGGGCCUGGACGCCCCCUGUGGAUGCUGCUGCCCCUGCACAGCAGGGCCACUGGUGCCUGGGUGGAUGGGCCACUGCUUUGCCCAGCCUGGAUGCCAUCCAAGUUGUAUAUUUUUUUAAUCUCUCGACUGAAUGGACUUUGCACACUUUGGCCCAGGGUGGCCACACCUCUAUCCUGGCUUUGGUGCGGGGUACACAAGAGGGGAUGAGUUGUGUGAAUACCCCAAGACUCCCAUGAGGGAGAUGCCAUGAGCCGCCCAAGGCCUUCCCCUGGCACUGGCAAACAGGGCCUCUGCGGGGCACACUGGGUCACCCAGUCUUGCCCGCCACCGUUAUCGGUGUCAUUCACCUUUUCUGUUUUUUUUUUAAUUUAUCCUCUGUUGAUUUUUUUCUUUUGCUUUAUGGGUUUGGCUUAUUUUUCUUGCAUGGUUUGGAGCUGAUCGCUUCUCCCCCACCCCCUAGGGUACCAGCAGGCAGAGCCUUGCCCUCUGCUCAGGCUGGGGUCCAGUGGGAGGGGCCCAAGGUCUCUGCUCAGAGAAGUGCAGGGGGAGCCUUCCAGCUCACUGUCCCUGAGGACUGGCUUGACAGGGGCUAUGGGUUUGCUUUGGUGUUGUUUUUUAAAAAAGAAAAUAUAUUUUUUUGAAAAAAUGACUGCCCAUCCCGGGUCCUUUCCCUGAUGGGUUGGGGCAGUUACCUGGUUGCUGUUUUAAUUAAAAAAAAAAAAAAAAAAAAAAAA